AUGAGCCGGCGGUUGGAGUGGCAGUCGGUUUUCGAUGAGGUUCUGUUGCGAGGCUUAGUUGUAGAGGGUAUCUUGUCAACAGAGAAGCGGGCGAAGUUAUUGGUAGCGGCGGCGUCGGUUCCCCCCCGAGAGGGGGCGUGUGAUGCAGCAUAUUGGUUUGGUAUAUGCCCGGAUGUGGGUCGUGCGGCGGCUCAUGUAUUAGAGGAGCGAAGUGUGCGACAUAUGACAAGUCGCGUUAUUCAUAUUGAGACUACGAGUAAGGGUGACACGACCAAGUUUGUGACUGAGUUGCAGGAUGGUUUGAAGAUCGAGACAUGCAUCAUGCGCAAGGGUACGACACGGACUCGGUCUACAGUGUGUGUAAGUUGCCAGGUAGGUUGUAGCAUGGCUUGUAAGUUCUGUGCUACUGGUACAUUGGGAUUGUUGGGCAACCUUACUUCGGGCGAGAUUAUUGAGCAGUUUGUCCGCGCAAAUGCCCUCGAACCAAUCCGGAACGUGGUCUACAUGGGCAUGGGCGAGCCGUUAGCCAAUUACGCUGCCGUAAUUAGCUCUAUCCACCAACUAUGCGAACAAAAAGUACACCACGUCGCCCCCCACCGUAUCACACUCAGCACCGUGGGAUUCGACCCUCGGUUGAUCGAAGAUUUGAUUAACGACGUCCCAGACGUCUCCCUUGCCCUCUCCCUUCACGCACCCAAUCAACUAAUCAGAGACCAAAUAGUUCCCACCAGUACCAAGGUACCCCUGCACUCCCUCCUCAAGGCCGCCUUCCAGUUCGUCGAUUACCAACGAGCCCUUAGCGCGAAAAAGGGCAAACGGCAAAUGCUCUUCAUUGAGUACUGCAUGCUCCGCAACGUAAACGACAGCGAGAAUUGCGCAAAGGAACUUGCCCAGCUCUUAAAACCCUGGAAGGACCGCGCCAUCAUCAACCUUAUCCCCUACAACCCCACCGAUGUCUCCAUUGACUUCGAACCCCCCGACCAAACCGCCGUCUGGCGCUUCCAUCACAUACUCAAAAGCGACCACGGAUUUCAAGCCUUCGUGCGCCAGGAACACGGCCAAGUAAGAACAUAUUCAUGUCACCGCGCCCUCAAGCAACGGCAGGUGGGUGGUAAAGCCACCGAAAGCAAACCCGGCACAGCACCGCGUGGCGGCGCGCGCAUCAGGAUGCACCAUGCACGCACCUAA